GUAAGCUAGGGAUCUAGGCCGGUCAUUGACGUCGGGCGGGUUUAGCGGGAAGCAAAAGUGACAAAGCUGUCAAGCUAGCUUCAAGGAAGACCCCAAAAGCUUACGCGGGCAGUACCACUAUGGCACUUGAACCCGACGAAUCUGUCAAGAUCACCAUGGACGUUAUUCCCCACGAAGUCCUGACGGCAGUUCUGUCGUUUGUGCCGCCAAACUGGCUGUUAAACUGCGCCCUGGUUUGCCGCGCGUGGAGGGACGUGGUGCAAAGCCAGGGGCUGUGGCGGAAGAUGUGCCAGAGGACCGGGCGAUUUAUUGAGAAAUAUAUGGCACCGCAUUACCCAGAAGAUUGGAGGGAAUUCUACUUCAAGUGUCCCUACUCGAGAAACCUCAUCAAGAACCCAAGUGGGAAAGACGGCCUGGAAGCCGGCUGGAUCAUCACGUCCAAUGGGGGACACGGUUGGCUUGUGGAAACUAGUUCGGGAGGCUCUGGUGUCAAGCCCGAGCGGCUACUAGCCAUCAGUGAGGGUUUCCCACACCACUUUGUCACAUCUUAUGAGUGGUGCGUACGCCAUCAGCUCAUCGACCUGGUGGCAGAGGGCUGUUCGGAGGCCUUACUCGAUGAAGCCCAGCCCGACGUAUGGGUCUUGGAAUGGUUUGCUGCACGCUCUGACUGCGGUAACGUGUAUCAGUUGACGGUAGAGCUGCUGAGGGACAGCAGCGGAGACCCGGACAGCGUCAUUGACAAGUUCACGUUUGGCCCGCAGUAUGCUUCUGAUUGGCGGGCCCCGAUAGACUGGAAUGAGGCGAGCCACGUGUUCUCAAGCUACGGACCAGGAUUGCGCUACAUCCGCUUCGAGGACAGGAGCAAAGAUACACGAUUUUGGGCGGGGCACUAUGGAUCCAAGAUAGCGGGGUCUUUUGUCAGGCUGCAGUUCCGGGGGAAGUAACGAGGAAGACCGCUAGUGGACAGUGGUUGUCAUGGCAAAGUACAGAGGUUAAUGGGUAAGAGAAAUCUUUAGUGUCAUUACAGGUUCAAAGCCAAGGAUGGUCAAAAAAGGUGUGGAGAGGGGCAGAAAUUAAAUGAAAAAAAUGAGUCGCAGAUUUAAUGGCAACCAAGAAUGCAAAAUACUACUUUUCUAUAACACAAGCUGUAUACAUCACUGAAAUUGUGCCUUUGCGUGCAGGUGUUAAGUUCUUAAAUAUCAGCAAAUCUCCCUCGUCAAUUUCAUGCCCCCC